AUGUUCAUGGACGUAACUGAUAAGGAUCAGACACUAACCUGCUCCGUGGCUUCCAAUAUUCAGUUGACGACACUGACUGACAGCAAGCCUGACAGCAAGUCUUUUUCUAAGAAAUCUGAGGACGGUAAAGUUAACACAGCCCUGCCAGCUACAAGCAUGGAGAACAUAGAAACUAAUGUUACCUCGUCGUCUGGCACGGCUGAAAAGGAGGUGAAUGUUAUCAUGAGAAACGCAACAAAUAAACGCCGUGAACCAAUCGUGGUAUUUAUCGGUCAUUCUGACCGUGAAGAACUAAGUAAAGAUGAAUCAUCCGAACUUCCAAAAUUUACUUCCUCGCCCUUCCUUGGUUUGCACCCUGAAAUCCGUUCAUCAAACCGACAGGAAAACGAUCACGUUAUGUUUCCUGGCGUUAUGGGAUACUAUGGUAUUGCUUCACAUAAAACAGUUCGAAUUCCUGAAUACCAUGGUACCGUUACGAGCCUUGACCGUGAUGAAGAUGAAAUUUCCACUGCAUUGGGAACGUCUUCUACUGAGAUAACCCAUCCCAAGGAAAAUGGGCUUGCAUUGCAGCAGAAGGACACUGAGAUCGGAACCUUUGCUCUUCUGGAGGAACCUCAAUCUACCUUGAGAAAUGAAACCUUGUCAGAUUUGGUUGACUCAACAAACCAAACAACCAAUUUUAACUCAGAGAAAGCAGAUGAACGCAAUGAGGAUGUUAAAAUAGUCGUUGAUACACUCAUUUUAUCUAAUGAUACCAAGGAAGACCUAAGGAUCUGUCCAAAUCAUCCUCAAACUGGUGGCUCCUCGUUUAACAAGGUUCACAUUGGAGUGUGUAUGAAGGACGGUGAAAGGCUUGGCCUGCGUAUUGACGAUUUGCCUUCCUUGACUACCCAGUACCAAGAUAUUACAUUCCUGCGAGGUUCAACAGCCAAGAAAUCGCGGAGUAGGUGGAUGACCAAACUGGUCAAAGACGAGUCUACGCAUGCUUUUUACCUCACUGGUUUCAAUCAAAGUGGCACGGUAAGCGACGAUGAAAGUAUUAUCUUUGAUAUGUAAGGGUCAGUUCUCCGCGUACUGAUUUGACCUAUAUACAGAUUUGGAUCUUGUUUUUUCUAGAAACGUAUUGGAUUCUUUAUUGCUAGGAUUUGGGUUCUGAGAUGAAUUUAAAACCCAAUUUGGCCAAAAGAUUGAGCUUUAUUUCGAUAGUCCCGAAUUAAGCAUCAUAAUAAAUCCCUGUAUUUUCUUCUGACAGCUUCAUUGAUUAUAUUGUCCCAAUGCCACAAGCGCUUGCGUGCACUUUCGGCGCAUUAGCCCGUUACUCAAAAGUCCCAUUAACUUUUCGGACCCAAAAUCAAACAUUCAACCGGGUAACACCAAACACUGAAAGGAGGCAUCAAAACUGUGUAGGAAGGUGAGGUCUGCUGCACGACCGAAGUUAUAUAAUCAACAGGUAACAGAAAGACAAAGAUGUACUUAAGGAUUCUCUGAUUGUAAUAACAGCAAUGUAGAAAGAUUUGAAAUUGAGACUAUAAUAUGGUUGUCUUUUCUCGAGCUUCGAGCAUAUUUUGUCUUUGUUUUGAAUUUCCUUCCUGUUAAUCGUGUUUCUUUCUUUUGAUGAAGGAAUAUUGUUCGAAGAAGACUAGUCCAUCAGUAGACUCAAGCUGGUUCAUUGCAAGGCUGUGGAACAGAGGUUUAGUAUCUGUUGGUUUGCGUAAGCCCAGCAGUGUUCCCCGGCAAACGGCAAAACGACCACAGUAUCAGCGACUGGCAGCUGUACAAAUCAGCAUGUUUGAGAUAUGCAUGACGGAGACAAAUCAAACUGGCCCAGUAAGUGUUUUUUUUUUUGUCGUUUGUUAUAUUGCAUUACCCUGAGGAUAUAUACGAGAAUUCCUAAACCAGGGGCACCCAACGAGGAUAUAGUUCAAAACCACUUAACGUAGCAUUGUUGAACGUAUUUUAAUAUUUAAACGGUAGAUAUAUGCAUAUUUUUAUCCCCUAAAAACUUUUCAUCUGUUCGGAUUUCCUAGCUGAAAGUCUAGUGAUCCGAAAAUUAUAGGGAUCAAAACUUACCUUUUCGAAAAUUUCAGCCAGGAAAAGGCUCCCGAAAAUUCUAGGUGGCCUUUUUUAGGGUAAAUAUCCGUUUAAAAUGGGUAAUUAUACCAAAUUGUAGAUGUUCGAAAAUCCUAGGAGAGGCAGGCAAGCAAGAAAUUUUACAACAAAUGUUCCGAAAAUUCUAGUUCUGAAAUCGUCUUCCGAACAGAUAUUUUCCCGAAAAUUGCCGUUGGGUGCCCCUGCUAAACGCUUUUUCUUUAAUAAAUUGUAGGUUCAAAUGUGGGAUGCUGUGAAAUAAGUUAAUAAAAAACCUUUGUACUGUAACUUCAAAUAUUUUAAUCGAGAAAAAAAUUAUCGGGCAAGUUUGAUUUUAAAGAUUUGUUGCAGCUGUUGUAAUUGUUGUUGCUCGAUCUGAUAAAAGCUACUUCGGUUCUACCGACAUAUCGAGAUUGGCAACGAUUGAAAUGAAUGACUCCUAUUUAAUUAGCCACGCUGGUCAAGACAAUUUGGACGUUAAGUCCGCCUUUUGCCCUGUUUCAGAAUUAACCCAGGAUGAGAACUAACCGGUAUUCGGGCAAUUCAGCCAGGAUUGUUCUAUGUUACUAUGCAUUUCACUAAAAGUAAUUUUUACUCAACGAAGAAUAUAAUUAAGGUAAUAAAAGUUUUAAAGCGAAUCGAAUAUCUCGUUCUUUGUCGAAUUAGGAAACACUAUGCUGCACAAAGAAAGCUGCCAAAGAAAGCUGCCAAACUAAAUCAGAGACUUUCACUACAAAACUGUGGAUUAAGGGGAUGGAGUUUGUAGGCUGGAUCAGAUCAAAUGAAACUCGAGAAAAGGCUUGGAAUCUAGGGAAUUGUAAGUAUUCAGAUGUCUUUAGUCUUUGCAGUCAUUCUUUCUACUCUCAGAGGCAUAGAACAACAACAGUCUACGAUUGCUUUACAUCUCCAGUCUAAUCCAAAAGAAAUUUAAAUCUCUCCCAGCAUAUUUCUUCUGGUUUGAAAAUAUCUAUUGAUUGAUCAUUUUGGAAGUCGAAACUGAAUUUGAAAGUGACAUGUCAAUCUUUGCUUUGUUUGUUUGUUGUUUCUUAAUUACGCAAUUAUUUUUGUUCAAACUGAAUAAAAUUAAUAAAAUACUUCCAAAAACUUGUUGUAUAACAACGGAAACAUUUUUGAGAUAACCAUGCUUAUUCUAAGGGAAAAAAUGAACAGUUUUGAUUGUCACAGUCAAUAUAACAGGUUUGAUCCUUACAAUUAAUUGAUGUUUCAUAACUCUCUCUUUUUCAGGGAGUUAGUGUAGUAAUAUAAGGACAUUUGUGUCUGCACCUUAUCGUUAAAGAUUACUAACUAUCGCUCAAUCUCUUUCCAGUUUAUUUGACAAAAUUCCUUACGAAAAUGAUGAACUGGACCUGGCAGGACACGUUUGAUAUGAUGACUAUGAUCUUGGCGACUGAAUGUUGCUACACGGCCAUGUACCUCGCCAUUCCUUUGAUUAUAAACAUCAUCAAACGUUUUAUUCGAAUGUUGAUUCGAAAAUGGAGGUAA